GAAUACACAUAUGCUAUAAAAGGUUACACAUAUACUGGGCCAGCUUUGUAGAAUGAAGUUAAGCACAUAUGAUUGUUAUUGCAGACGGAUGCUGAGAAAGACCAGACAGAAUUAUAUAAAGACGAGCUUCAAAAUCAGGUGAGCAACCUAGAGCGUCGUCUGCAGCAGUUGGAGGUUGAACGGGUUAGGAAUGAGAAAGAGCAAGAGAACCGUCGUCUGGAGGAGCAGCGAGUGCAAAUGCAGCUUGAGUAUGAGGAGGAGAAGAAGAAGAUUAAGGCUAGAGAGGAGGAGUUGAACAACCGAGAACGUCAUCUGCAGCAGUUGGAGAAAGAAAGGGUGAGGAAAGAGGAGCGAGAGAAACGUCGUCUAGAAGAGCAGCGAGUGAGUAUGCAGCUCGAGUAUGAAGAGGCACAGAAGAAGAUUAAGGCUAGAGAGGCAGAGGUACUAAAGCGUCAAGAAGACGAAAGGAAGAAGGAAGCAGAACAGAAGCGGCGAGAAGCAGAUGACGAGAAAUUGAGAAAGCAGCAGGAACAGAUAGAGCGGAAAAGAAGGGAGCUGGAACAGAGCCUCAAACCAUAUACUGCAUACAGUGAGGGGGCAAGCUGGAAUUCAGCAGGCAACCUGCAUUCCAGGGAGUCCACAGAGAAACAAGACUACCAUAAUGAGAAACCUGAGUGGUUAAAACUACAGUCCACAAGGUCCGUGCAGGGGAAUCCAGACAAGGUAUUCACUGUCCAGUGGAAGUCUACCCACAAUGUGUUCAUACCAAGUGAUACAGACACAUGCAUUAUCACAGCCAUCUGUGUCCUCCCAGAUGGAAAGGUCCUGGUUGCAGACUACACAAAUAAGAAAGUCAAGCUGCUGGACCAGCAGUACCAGGUGUUAAGUCACUUUGGUGUGACUAACAAUGUUCUGGACAUGUGUCUCAUCACACCCAGUGAGGUUGCAGUGGCUGUGUAUGAUGAUAGUAAAAAACAUGAGGUCCAGUUUAUCACAGUCACACAGAGCAAGCUAGUUUCUGGCAGGAAGUUUCGGUUACAACAUGAAUGUACAGGUAUUGCACACUACCAGGGUGACCUGUUUAUCUGCUCUGGUGAAGCACUGUUCAAGUACACACUGAGUGGCAAACAGGUCUGCAGACUUUAUGAGGAUCAAUCAGAUGAAAUGACAGUAGACAAUUGUGCUGUGAGUCCCACAGGGGACAGGCUGUACAUCAUCAGCUACCAGCAGGACAAGCUUCUCACCCUGGCCAGGGAUGGCACACUCCUGGCUACAUACACAGACCCAGCACUACAGCUCCCACGUGGUCUACAUGUGACCCCUGCAGGCCAGGUGCUGGUCUGUGGAGAGCUGUUCUCCAAUGUACUACAGGUGGGCCGGGAGGGGAAGAGUAAGCUGGCUACUCUUGCUACUCAGGAGGAUGGACUGAGGUUGCCAGCGUCAGUCUGCUACAGCAGCACAACAUCCUCCAUCAUUGUGGGACAGGACUGGGACGACAACAUCCUGGUGUUCAGAGUGGAAUAGUGUGUACAUUCGCUGCUGAGUCAGGACAAGGAUGCUGAGGAUGUGGUGGACAAGGAUGACCUGACUACGCAGAAGGACAGCACCACCAUUGAUAUCGAGUUGGCCCAGCAACAGCACCAGUCCGGCCUGCAGGAGCCCCAGUCCAGGAUGACCCAUCCACUCCCCUGACCCAUAGCUCAUCAUACUUGAUAUCCGGAAAAAUGGGGCCUAAUGCAUGUGCUUAAAUUGUUGUCACAGAUAAGCCUGUGCAGUUCGCACAGGCUAAUAAUGGACAACACUUUCCUCUUAAAGCAGAGCACCAGCAUUGAUGACUGCAGGAGCCCCAGUCCAGAAUGACACUUCCCCUCCCUUGACUUCUAACUCCUCCCCAUUGACCUCCUGCCUCAAAAAGUCAGCAUCGUUGAACAACUCUGUUCUGCAGGAAAUUCUGAGCAUGAUUCUGUUCUGACAAACGCAAUGUCCGCGUCACGUUUUCCAAACUUAAGCCUGGGUAGUUUUGUUAAGCUAGAGUUCCGCGUGGGCCUGAAAGGGACAAGUGUUACAGACACGCAAAGUUAUAGCAGUAGUUAUGGUAACGCUAACAGUCAGUUGUUGCUGUUGGACAUCACAACAAAUAUCAUGAAGAAUGAAAAGUUCAAUAACUUGUUCCAAUCUUUAUGGAACAAACAGAAAUUGAACAGGAGGAAAUCACGGAACAAUAAAAGCGUAAGCUUUCCUAGUGGGAUACUUCUGUUGUUGAUAGUUUGGACAACAGUAGGGUUACAGACUGCCCCAGAUUGUCCUCUCAGCGGCCAAAAUAUCAUAAUAGAACAGACUUUUGGCAAUGUUACUGACAAAAAAGACAAUAAUGACUUGGUUGUGAAUACCCAGAGCACAAUACAUCCAUGCUGACAAAGAAAGGCGGUAAUGACUUAGUUGUGAACACCUCGAGCACGAUACAUCCAUGCUGACACAGAUAGGCAGUAAUGACUUGGUUGUGAACACCCAGAGCGCGAUACAUCCAUGCUGACACAGAUAGGCAGUAAUGACUUGGUUGUGAACACCCAGAGAACGAUACAUCUGUGCUGACACAGAAAGGCAGUAAUGACUUGGUUGUAAACAUCCAGAGCACAAUACAUCCAUGCUGACACAGAAAGGCAGUAAUGACUUGGCUGUAAACACCCAGAGCACAAUACAUCCAUGCUGACACAGAAAGGCAGUCAUGACUAUGCAGUGAACACCCAGAGCAAGAUAUAUCCAUGCUGACACAGAAAGGAAGUAAUGACUAUGCUGUGAACAUCCAGAGCAAGAUAUAUCCAUGCUGACACAGAAAGGCAGUAAUGACUAUGCUGUGAACACCCAGAGCACCAUUCAUCCAUGCUGACACAGAAAGGCAGUAAUGACUUGGUUGGGAACACCCAGAGCACAAUAAAUCCAUGCUGACACAGAAAUGCAGUAAUGACUUUGCUGUGAACACAGAACACGAUACACCCAUGCCAACACAGAAAGGCAGUAAUGACUUGACUGUGAACACAGAGCACAAUACAUCCAUGUUGAAAAAGAAAGGCAGUCAUGGCUAUGCUUUGAACACCCAGAGCACGAUGUAUCCAUGCUGACACAGAAAGGCAGUAAUGACUAUGCUGUGAACACCCAGAGCAAGAUAUAUUCAUGCUGACACAGAAAGGCAGUAAUGACUAUGCUGUGAACACCCAGAGCAAGAUAUAUCCAUGCUGACACAGAAAGGAAGUAAUGACUAUGCUGUGAACACCCAGAGCAAGAUAUAUCCAUGCUGA